ACACCUGCAGACGUCUCACGCCCAAGACCUGGCACAUCCACAGCGAGCACACCACAGCGCUGCGUCCACGCUGGACACCCAGCAGGGGCACAUGAGACACAGUAUUCAGCCCAGGAGCAUUCAGACUUCAAAAUCAUCAGUGGUUUAAAGAAAAAGAGUUUCCUCAAAAACCCAGACAAUUAUAUACCGUAAUUGCAGAGUAUGUCUCCCGGCUCUAUAAUUACCAGGCCAGACUUCGCAUGCCUAAGGAGCAACUAGAACUUUUAAAGAAGGAAAGCCAGACUUUGGAGAACAAUUUUCGUGAAAUUCUGAUUUUAAUUGAACAAAUAGAUGUUCUGAAGGCAUUGCUUAGAGACAUGAAGGACGGCGUACACAAUCACAGCUGGCCUGUCUCCCGAGAGGCUGUGCAGGACAAGGCUACCACUGAGGUUCUAGAUGAGGAAAUGUCAAACUUGGUACAUUAUGUACUUAAAAAGUUCAGAGGGGACCAAAUACAGAUGGCUGAUUAUGCCCUGAAGUCAGCUGGAGCCUCUGUCAUUGAAGCUGGGACCUCAGAAAGUUACAAAAACAAUAAAGCAAAACUGUACUGGCAUGGGAUAGGGUUCCUCAAUUAUGAGACACCACCAGACAUGAUUCUUCAGCCAGAUGUCCACCCUGGAAAGUGCUGGGCCUUUCCAGGCUCCCAAGGCCAUAUCCUGAUCAAGUUAGCCAGGAAGAUCAUCCCAACAGCAGUUACCAUGGAGCACAUCUCAGAGAAGGUGUCCCCUUCAGGAAAUACCUCGAGCGCACCCAAGGAGUUCUCUGUCUAUGGCAUUCUGAAAAAAUGCGAAGGAGAAGAAAUGCUCCUAGGUCAGUUUACGUAUAACAAAACAGAAACAACCGUUCAAACGUUCGAGCUCCAGAAUGCAGCUUCUGAGUCUUUGUUAUGUGUGAAACUUCAAAUCCUCAGCAACUGGGGACAUCCAAAGUAUACUUGUUUGUACAGAUUCAGAGUCCAUGGCAUCCCCAGUGAUCACACUUAGAGGAGCUGGUGCAGAAGGUGGCAGCUGUGCAGCCAGAAUGUCCAAGGAUGCUUGCCAUUCCCUUACAUCAGAUUGCACCCCUAAGAACCAAAGAUUUGGAGUGGGAGGGAAGCCUCACACUCACCCCUACUAGGCAGUAAGAAGUAAAUGGAUUUUACUAAUAAAAACAUGAAAGUCAAU